AUGGUAUUAACAGCCUUUUUUUUAUAUUUAGCUCGAUCUGAUGCUGGCAUAUUAAUGACAACAAGUGAUAUUGAAAUAGGUGAUAUUGGUAUGCUUUCAUAUCGUUUACCAGUUGCUCCAAGAUCUUCUCAAACACAUAAUCAAUCACAAUCAACACGUCGCUCAAUUUCAUGUCUUGACAAUCAAACACAAUCAAAUGCACCAAUUAAAUGGGAAUUAACAUCAAGAACACAAGUUUUAUCUAAUGAUCCACUUGGUUUACUUAAUCCAACACCAAAAGUUCCUAUACCUCAAGUAAUUACGAAUCGAACAUCUUCAAUAAUGGAUAAACCUUUUGCUAAUUCAAAAUCUUCUUCAACUGAAAUAAAAUCAACUAUAAAUUCUAUUCCAAAAGAAGACGAAGAACAAGAAGAACAAGAACAAGAAAUAACAUCUCUAUUACAUAUUCCAACAUCAAUAACACAAUUACGUGCUAAACUUACUCAAAGUGGUUUUUCAGCAUUAUAUAAUCCAAAAAAUCUUAAUACAAUUAAAUCAUACGCAUUAGAUCGUUUUACUGAUCUUAAAACAUCAGUAAAAUCUACAACCAUUCCAUUAACACAAUCGAAAAGUCUUUAUACAGUUAAAAAUCCUACAAUUAAUAAAGAAUUAACAUUAGCAAGAAAUAAUAGUAAUAGUAAACUACGUGGUAGUUUGUCAUCACUUAUAUCUCAACAGAGUUCAAAUAGUUCAUCAUUAAAUACAAAUAAUAUCAAUGGUAUGGAUAUGAAUAAUAUACAUGAUGAUAUCAAAGCAUUACGUAUUGAUCCAUCAAGUGUUGCAAUACCAUUAAUAAGUAAUAAUGAUGAUAAUUCUCGUAUUCCAAAUCGAAUUAUUGAAAUUAGUAGUUGUAAUCGAUGUUCAGCAUGUAAUCAAUUUUUAUAUGAUGAAGAAAUAAUGAAUGGUUGGUCUCCUGAUGAUUCUGAAUUACAUACAAUAUGUGUUCAUUGUGGAGAAAAAACAAUACCAAAAUUAAGUAUUAAUAUAAGAGAUAAUACAGCUAUGAAUACCAAUAUAACUUCAACAAAAGAUGAUUCGACAGUGACAACACCAACGAAUAAUAUUACGCAACAAACAAUGAUUGAAAAAAUGAAACAAUCAUUCCGUCUUCAACCAUCGUCACCAACUAUAACGGUACACUAUUUAAGUCCGCUCGUUCUUCGUAAAGAACUUGAAAAUAUAAUCGAAACACCUGAUCACAAUAAUAGUGAUCUAUAUAAAAUGGAUUUUAAAGAAAAACAUCCAAUUUUAUUUUGGAACUUGAUUUGGUUUUUUCGACGUAUUCAUGUAUCAAGUUAUUUAUUUCAAAUGCUUUUACGUUCAUUAUUACAUUUAUCAGAUAAUGAAAUAAAACGAGAUUUUAAAAAGAGUAAAUGUAUUUUGGGACAAGAACUUAUUGAUGAAAAAACUUCAAUACGUAUACGUUGUAUGUGGGAUAGUGCAAUAAGUCAUAGUGAUAUUGCUGAACCAAUGUAUAAAACAUGGGAACAUGAUGGUUAUGAUGGAUGUCAUACACCAGUUGCCAAUGCAUUAAUUACGGACGAGCAUAGUACCGUUACUGGAAACGAUUUAUUUGAUAAUAAUAUGGAUCGAGUAAUACGAUCAAUUGUUGCUUGUAUUGAACAAAAUGAUCUAUACAAUCCAAUUCGAUUAUUUAUAAAAGAAUCAUCAAAAUCAAUACGUCGACGUAUUCGUCGUCGUUCAAUGUACAGAGAAAUUCUAUUUUUAGCAAUUGUUGCACUUGGACGUGAAAAACUUUCGCAUGACGCAUUUGAUCGUGAAUACAAUAGUGUAUUUCAAAAAUUAAAUGACAAACAGCGUCAACUUAUCUAUGACUUUGAUAAAUGUCCAUCAUUGGCUGCUGUUAUGUGUCGUCGAUUAUUUUCAUCAUUGGAACUUUAA